CAGCCCUCGUCUUCCCUCGCCUCCGUGAGUACAGCCCCGUUUGGAACCGAACCGCACUCGGGCCCUGUUCACCGUCUCACUUGUCAGCCAGUCGUGACUGUGUGACCCCGGUCCCUUGUUCUGACCCCCGGAGGCCUACAGCGCCACUGUCUCUCCUUCCGUUCAUAUACUUACCUCUCGCUCUCUCGACGCCCAGCGCGCCUCUCUCUUCCUGCCAUGACGGUCAUCUCUUAUGCUCUCCUUCCCCUGCUUUCUCUCGUCACGUCUGCCCUCGCCAACCCACUCUUCGUACCGCCCGCGCUGCAUAUCCCUCUCAGCCGUCGAUCGGGAAACCAUGACGCGCCCGUAGAACGUUUUGCCUUCCACGCCGAUCACCUCCGCGCAAAGUAUGGCUGGGCCUCAUCAAAUGCGACCCUGGCAAGGCGAGCUGGGCAGGUCGUCGGCGUCGGCAUCAUCGACCAGGCCUCCGACUCGUCAUACAUCGGCACCGUCCAAAUAGGCACCCCGCCCCAGACUUUCAAAGUUGUGCUCGACACUGGCUCUUCUGACCUCUGGGUUCCCGCCACGAACUGCCUCUCAUGUGGUCAGACACCACCAUUCGAUUCCACGCAGUCCUCAACCCUCCAGCAGGUCACGAGCGCGAGUGGGAGCUCGCAGAGCGUCCGCAUUCGUUAUGGCAGUGGACAGGUCCAAGGCAUCCUUGUGUCCGACACCGUGUCCAUGGCCGGCUUCAACGUCAACCCGCAGAACUUCCUGCUCGUGGAGUCCAUGACCACUGGGCUGUUAGAUGGCGACGUCUCCGGCAUCAUGGGCUUGGCGUUCGAAGGACUCGCCUCUACGAACGCAGUUCCCCUCUGGCAGUCGCUCGCAAAUGAUGGUCAAUUCUCCAGCCCAGAGUUCUCGUUCUGGCUUGACCGUCACCUGGACGACACAAACCCCCCGGACGAACAGUCCGGCGGUGUGCUGACGCUGGGCGGAACGAACAGCACCUUGUUCACGGGUGAUAUUGAGUUCCUGCCGCUCACGAAUGCGGCUACGCCGACGUUUUGGAUGCUCACGAUGACAGGCGCCACCGUCCAGGGCAAGUCCGUAACCAUUCCCUCCGGCGACGCAGCCCUCUCCGCCAUCGAUACUGGGACAACCCUUGUCGGUGGGCCUACGGACGCGGUGAACGCCAUCUACGCAGCCAUCCCGGGGGCGACUCCCGUGCCGAGCAUGGCAGGCUUCUGGCAGUUCCCUUGUUCCACGGAGGUGCAAGUGUCGUUCGCGUUCGGCGGCAAGUCGUGGCCCAUCAGCUCGGCGGACAUGAACCUCGGCCGCAUCUCUGCCUCACAAUGCGUCGGCGGCAUUUUUGAUCUCACGCAAGGCUCCGAUGUUACUGGCGGCAACGGCAACCCAACGUGGGUCGUCGGGGACACCUUCCUGAAAAACGUAUACAGCGUCUUCCGCGCAAACCCUGCCGCAGUUGGCUUCGCGGAACUGUCAAACGCUGCGGGUGGUUCUUCCGCUCAAUCCACCUCCUCUGCAUCUUCUGUUGUUGUAUCAUCAUCUGCUGUAUCCGUAUCCGCAUCCUCUCCCUUUGUUGUACCAACGCUGUUGUCCUCUAUCAUCGGUCACCCUCCGAUUUCCCCUUCCGCUUCUGCAUCUGCAUUCACAGGCACGCCGACUUCUAUUCCCGGCUCGGCGACCAUCACCGAGGGUAUCGAUCCGCUCCCGUCUGGCUCAAGCUCGACUUCGAGCACAGGCACCAGCAGCAGCGGAGGCACGAACGCCGCACUAUCACUCUCCGCGAACGCGGGUGUGUUGUACACCGCGGCGUCGCUGCUCAUCGGUGUCCUCUCUGGCUGCGCGCUCCUCGCAUAGGCCCCACCGUGCAUCAUGCUUUCGCUCCCACCCGCUCGCUCUCAUACGCCCACUCAACACAUAUACACACGUCGACGCCACGUACCAGAAUCAGGAUCAAGAUCAUCUCGGAGACAGGGAGGGCGGAAGGAGGUUGUUGCUUUCUCGGACGCUUUCUUUAGGACUGAACCAUACCACGCCUACGCGCAUGACCUGGGAUGCUAUGCUUGUGCUGUCGCCGUGGCGCUGCGAUGCGACACGGGCGUGCUGUGCAAUUACACUGCUGCUGCUAUUUACGAUACCUCCUCC